AUGACCCUAUUUCGCCGCAACCUCGCACGAGGACACAAAUUUAUCCCAUCCGCCGUAACAUUCGGUUUCUGCAUGUCGCGAAUCGUCGCUAAUGUCAUUCGAAUUGCCUGGACCUGCCGAAUUACAAAUGUCAAACUCGCCAUUGCCUCACAGAUCUUCGUUGCUGCCGGUGUGCUAUUACUAUUCAUCUUGAAUUUGCUGUAUGCACAGCGCAUGGUUCGAGCUGUCUAUCCUGGAAUAGGAUGGUCUCGUGUUCUGUCAUGGGCAUUCAAAGUGAUCUAUGGUCUUGUUGUGGUUACGAUUAUCAUGGUUAUCACCGUGGUUAUUCAGACCUCCUACUCUCUCAACCUGAACACCCUCCGCAUCGACCGUGAUGUUCUACUCUACGGCGUCACAUACUUCUCCGUCGUCUCUUUCCUGCCUCUCCCAUUGGUUCUGCUUGUUGUACUGUCUCCGAACAGGAAGCGUAUCGAGGAGUUCGGCUCUGGCAGCUGGAUUGUCAAGGUGUUCCUCGUUACUCUUGUUGGUUCAUUGCUCUGCCUCGGCGCCUCAUUCCGUGCUGGUACCUCCUGGAUGCCUCCUCGUCCGGUCACAGACCCUACCUGGUACCACAGCAAGGCAUGCUUCUACAUUUUCAACUUUAGCAUUGAUAUCCUUGUCGUCGCCAUCUUCUUCGUUGGUCGUGUAGACCAACGAUUUUGGGUUCCGAAUGGAAGCUCAAAGGUCCGCCACUACAGGGGAUCUGAGGAUAAUGAGAAGGACUUACAAACUGCAGAGGGUGCAAAUACUCUUCAGGCGCAUGACGAGAAUGAUCUCGAAAGUCGGAAGAGCAGUGUUUCCCGGGAUUUGGCUGAGCCAAAAUAA